CCCAGCUCGGAGUCGAGUUCUGCUGCGCCUGCGCAGGAGCUGCCAGGCUCGUCGUCUAAGGAUGUCUUCCUUCUGGAAAUAUAGGAGUGGAGAGGUCAGAAAACUAAGGUCGUGCCUGGGCUGGCGGUCUGACUCAUAGCCAAUGGGUGGACCUUUUCCCUGACAAGAAGGAGAUCGGGAACAUUACAGCUGGGCAGAUCUUGAAAGUGGCAGGGGAGGAGAGGAAGGUGACGCACUGAAGGUGUGCUUGGCGCCCCUCAGCUCCUUUCCUCGUUUCUCCCGCUAGAGGGGGCCAGUGUCCCGAAGUUGCUGCGGCGAGACACUGGCUCCCCUUCUCCACCCGUUCCCUUGCAGAAUAAGGCAUGAGGAGCAAAUGGGAAGAUAAAUGCCGUCCAUACUGAACAGUGUCAGUGAUUGGUGGAAUUAAACAUAGGAAUGUGGGACAAAGACUGGGCUUUGAGUUCAGCUCUUUCAAGCUCUUCCAACUCUUAAGGGUGCCCUGCCAUGAACAUGGCCAUCGCUAACAGCACUGUCAUAAGCCACACAUUUUUCUACCUUCUGGGCAUUCCUGGCUUGGAGGAUCAGCACAUCUGGAUCUCAAUCCCAUUUUUUACUUCCUAUGUUAUUGUCCUUCUUGGUAACAGCCUUCUCAUCUUUAUUGUUGUCACUGAUCACAGCCUUCAUGAACCCAUGUAUAUCUUCUUAUGCCUGUUGGCUGGACUUGACAUCGGCCUCUCCACCAUUACAGUUCCUAAAGCCCUGACCAUUUUUUGGUUUAAUUCUGGUGAGAUAUCCCUAUAUGGGUGUAUUACUCAGUUGUUCUUUAUCCACUCCACCUUCAUUGCUGAAUCAGGAAUCCUUCUGGUAAUGGCAUUUGACCGCUAUGUUGCCAUCUGUUACCCAUUGAGGUACACAACAAUCCUUACCCCCUCAGUGAUUGUAAAAACCAGUGUGGCUGUCUUCUUGAGAAGUGUUGCUACCAUAUUCCCCAUAAUAUUCCUUUUGAAGAGGCUAACUUUCUGCAAAAAUAAUCUUCUCCCACACACAUAUUGUGAACACAUUGGUUUGGCCAAGUAUGCUUGUGCCAGCAUUCGAGUGAAUAUCUGGUAUGGUAUAUUUGUCCUUUUGAUAACUGUGGUACUAGACAUUAUCCUCAUUGUUACAUCCUACUGUAUGAUUCUCCAUGCCAUCUUUCACAUCCCCUCUCAGGAUACUCGUCGCAAGGCUCUCAAUACCUGUGGCUCCCAUAUCUGUGUCAUCUCCCUUUUCUACAUUCCAGGAAUCUUCACAGUUCUGGUCCAAAGGUUUGGCAGACAGAUCCCAGCUCAUGUCCACAUUUUAAUGGCUAAUGUCUGCAUGCUGGCUCCUCCUGUGAUGAACCCCAUCAUAUACGGGAUCAAGACCAAAGAGAUCAGGGACAGAGUGUCUCAUUUGUUGUUUCAGAGGCAAAGGUGACCUAAGCAAUGAUGGCUGCUGACAGUGCUGAACACACUAAUGAGCAAAGAUGAUACUUCUGAACAAAGACAAUGGUUUUGAACAAGGUGGGGGGUACAGAAAUGUUUCAGAGAACAAUUGAAAGAAUUUUAAGACAUAAUAGUGUGGUGGUAUAUGCAUGAAAUAAUAACCUAAGCAUGAAUUUUGUCUUUUCUUCUAUGUAUACCUUGGAGACAAAUGACUAAAAUUCUUUGGUUUUCAGUCUCUUCAUAUAUCACUCAAAUGUGAACAGCCAAACAAAUUCCUCUUCCAAAUUUUUCUAUUUUUGUUGAAAGCUCCCCCUUUCUUCUCAUAGGUUUGUCAUUUUUUUCUUUGUUAUCCUCAAUACCUUCUUUCAUCCUUCAUGUACUCAUCCAUUUGCCAAAUCUUGCCCCAUGUCUAGAAUACUUACUUUUCUCACCUUCACCUUAUAGGAUCCCUUUUGUUCUUCAAGAAUCCCCUCAAAUGCCACCUUAUUCACGAAGCCUUUCCUGUUAUGCCCAAGUGGAAUGUCCUCCCUCCUUACCUGCCUUGUAUUUAAAAAACCUGAUAUGUAUUUAUUGUCAUUAUAUUUCUUUUAUAUCUGCAGUUAUGUGUGUGCUUGUUGGUUUUCCCUUAGAAUGUAAGGUCCUUGAGAGGAGAGAUUGUUUUCUUUCUUUGAAAUUGCCUUCCCAGAGGAGAGCAUAAUACUUGGCACCUAGUGUGUGGUUAAAUAUGCUUAUUGGCUACUGGCUUUUUUGGUUGAACCAAGGUUUCUUUCAGCCCUAAGUCCUUUUAUGCUUUUGGUUUUCUCAUAGGCAGCACUGUGUAUGUACCAGGAAGAACCUUGGCUUGGCAGUCAGGGGAACUGGAUUCAGGUCUCAGUCUUGCCCCAUACUAUUCAUGUCACCUUGAGCAGGCCAUUUUUCUCUAAGUUUUAAGUUCAUUAUGCAUAUAAUAAAAGGAUUUGAAAUAGAUGUUAUAUAAAAUUUCUUUGUCUCUAAAAUAGCUGUUGAUUUCAUGAAUAAAAUGACUGCUUGGUAUUCUACUUCCUUUCCGCAAAAAAGUAUUUUUAUCUAUUUUAUGUUUAUAUAUAUAUAAACUCUGAGCAGGACUGUUUCAUUUUUGUUCCCUAGCACCCAGUACAGUCCCUAGCACAUAGUAGGUACUUAUGAAAAUCCUUUUUUAUUUUAAUGUAUCGUGAAUUAUUUUUAGUAGUAGGCCUAUGAAUUUCUAGGAUUUUCUUACUCUGAAGAUCUGUGAUAGUCACCACCACCACCAUCACUACUACCAACAAGAAGAAGAAUAACAAGAAAAAUUGUGAAUUUAUUUUUAGUAAAGGUUUUAUGAUGACAAUUCAGUAUGAAACUAUUAUCACCACAAACAUAGGAGAGUAAUCCUUUUGUUAAAAAUCAAUUAAAUUUUAUUUUCCACUUGAAAUUCUUUCCCUUCACCUUUCUCUUCUUUUCUCCUUUGAGAAGGCAAGAAAUAUAAAACCCUUUUAAAAUAUGUAUAGUUAUACCAAAAUUCCUGCAUUUGCCAUGGCCAUAAAGACAGAAAAAAAGAAAAAGGGAAGUACAAUUAAAUAAUACAUGCUUUGAUGUUCACUUUGAGUCUAUCCUUCCUUUUAAUAAAACUGGCUAGAAUGUUUCAUUAAUUUUAUUUUGAAAUUGUGUUUAGUCUUUGUUUUGAUCAGCAUUCAUAAGUUUG